AUGGCUGGCCGCACACCGCAGAACCAGCCACAGCGACAGCCCAAACAACUGCAUGGGAACUUGCCAAUAACUCGCGGCAAAUGCUGGAGGAAGUACCGCCUCCAAGCUACAGCGGCGCCGCCGAAGCCAAGAGCGGCGCCUUCCGCAGAGGGACUGCGGCUUUCUGCGCGGCGCCCCCUACCGGACAGGCGGGAAAGCGCCGCGCAACUCAGACCACUGAAGGGGACUAGACGUAGUAAGUUCUCCAAGUACCCACCGGACUCAGGAGCCCAGCUGGCUUUGCCUAGUGCAUCCCGGCCGCGGGCGGAGCUGCCCGCCAGUCUCUGGCGCGCUGCCGCACUCCUCAGCCGUUGGGCGGUUGACGGGACCGGGUGCCGCGUAGCAGGAGGCCCAGCGAAAAUUCGAGCGCGGCGCCGGCGGGCCAUCACUGUUGGAGGACCCAGUGCACCCUCCGCAGCUGCUGGCCCGGGUGCUAAGCCUCUCACUGCCCAGGGCCGGCGGCGCCAGCCGACCGCUCAGAAUGCGGGGCGCGCCGAGCCUGCGCCCACCCAGAAGUCGCGCUGGACCUGCGAGCACCGCAGGCAGCCCAGGUUCCGGCCCGCGCCUCUCCCUCCACACCUCCCCGCCAGCAGAGGGAGCCCGCUCAGGCCUCAGCCAGCACAGAGAGGGGCUCCCACGGUGCAGCUGCGGGCUGAAGGGCUCCUCAAGCGCGGCCAGAGUGGGCUGAGGCCGAGGAGGCGCCGAGAGCCAGCGGGGGAUGCCAGCAAGCUGUCACCUCUCAGAAAUACAGGAAGAACAUCAAUAAUGUUCGAAGUUAUAAAUUGCGGAGAUCAGAAGUCAGAAAACAAGGUGUCUGCAGGACCAACCUCUCCUCUGGAUGCUCUAGGUGUUGAAAUUUCCAGGAUGCAAAAUGAAGGGGCAAUUCAAAACAUUCAUCUCCACUUCUCAAAAACAUGGUCCCUGUCACCAUCCACCUCGACUUCAUGUAUCUUCUGCUUCUACCUGUGUAACAAGUACAUGUUUUCUUGGCUUGAUUGAUUUGGUGAGCUGAAAGAAAGACACUGCUUCAUCAGAAUUCAAACAACAGAAAACAUCUCCCAGACAUUGCCACAGCUACUCCAACCUUCAUUACCCACCACUCUGAUCAGUCAACAGUCAUCAAUAUGGAAGCAAGACAUUCUACCAGCAAAAAGAUUCUGACUCGCUGAAGCUCCCAUGGUUUAACAAAUCAUUUUAAAGUAAGGUAUAUACAUAGCUUUGUAGACAUAAUGCUAUUGCACACUUAAUAAACUACAGUAUAGUGUAAACAUAAUUUUUUAUGCACUGGGAAGCCAAAAAUUUUGUGUGACUCACUUUAAUGCAAUAUUUGAUUUAUUGCUAUGGCCUAGAACUAAAUCUGUAAUAUCUCUGAGGUAUGCCUGUAAUCAAGGGGGUAAGUUAUUUAUCAACUCUUAUACAUCAUACUACCUCCUUACUAAAAAAAACUAACAAAACACAAUACUUAAUAUUAGGGAAAAAAUAAAGACAUUUAUUAUGAAAUUCAA